ACAAACAAAUGGCGUCCCUCCAGUGCGAAGCAGCUGAUUUCCUACCGAGCAAGGCAGGAGGAACGGCGGAUAGAUAAACAGGGCGCCACCGGAUCUCUUCUCAGCAAGAUUGUGUACUGUUUUUUUUGUUUGUUUGUUUUUUGUACGAUUCGUGUGGCAGGGUGACGACUGGAUGUUGCGCACUGUUCUGUAAUCGAGAGUAAACCGCUGUUCCGGUGUACAAACAAUCCUCCUGUCAAGCAAAACAGAAAGAAGAGUGUCAGCUGCGGCUCGUGCUUCCCGCCGUUUGCUUAUUUUAUCUGCGCUUAGGCUUUUUUAUGAUUUGACUCGAGGUUUUUUGGUGUCAGUGUUUGACCAGAGCUCGAACUCAGGCGCUGUAGGCGACAGUAGCAGGUCAAAUGCGUCCGCCCCGACGUUUCAGGGCUACAUAUUGAAUAUGGGCAUCACCCCUUCAGAGGUAUCAUCCUCCUCCUCCACCACCACUACCACCGCCACCUCCUCCGCCUGACUGGUUGGCCGCCCGUUCGUUAAUCCAAUUCAAGAGAUCAUCUCUUCAGCCCUUCCUGAGGUUACACUAUCAAGACGGCGUUAUCUCAGAAAGCCAGCUCCGUGGCGGUGAAGAUGACCACGGCGCGGUACCGUCCCACGUGGGAGCUGGCCGUGGACCCUCUGGUCUCAUGUAAGCUGUGCCUUGGAGAGUUCCCUCUGGAGCAGAUGACCACCAUCACACAGUGCCAAUGUGUCUUUUGUACACUGUGCCUGAAGCAGUAUGUGGAACUCCUGAUUAAAGAUGGCCUUGAAACUGCAAUUAGCUGUCCGGACUCUGCCUGUCCUAAAAGAGGACACUUGCAAGAAAAUGAGAUUGAGUGCAUGGUGGCCACAGAGAUGAUGCAGAGAUACAAGAAACUUCAGUUUGAAAGGGAGGUAUUGCUGGACCCGUGCCGAACAUGGUGCCCUUCGUCGACCUGCCAGGCGGUGUGCCAGCUAAAGGAAGCGGAUUCUCCAGCCCUGCCCCAGCUGGUCCAAUGUGCUGUAUGUGCCCUAGAGUUCUGCUCGGCCUGCAAGGCCAACUGGCACCCCGGGCAGGCCUGCCAGGAGAACAACCUGCCCAUUACGUCCUUCCUACCAGGAGAAAACAGCUCUUUUUAUAAGAACGAAGAGGAUGAUGCACCAAUCAAGCGCUGUCCUAAAUGUAAAGUUUACAUUGAGAGGGACGAGGGCUGUGCACAGAUGAUGUGCAAGAACUGCAAGCAUGCCUUCUGCUGGUACUGUCUGGAGUCCUUGGAUGAUGACUUUCUCCUGAUCCACUAUGACAAAGGGCCCUGUCGAAACAAACUGGGGCACUCCAGGGCGUCCGUUAUCUGGCACAGAACACAGGCGGAGUGCUGGCCAAGUCUGGGAGAGGGACUGCCCAUCAGAGGUUGGCUGCUAUCAGCAGGGGGCCGCAUGUCUCCAAUUCAGUCUUUACUCUCUUCUAACCCCAACUGGCUGAGGCAGAUGGCUGCCCUCACUGAGGCUGGUUCUGCCAGAGAGCCCCACCAGAGGGGCCUUUGGCUCGGUGGGAGAGGUGUUGGAGGCGGCCUGGCCCCGCUGUGCUCCUUCCUUCCCCCUCCACAGGGUGCCAGGCACAGCGUGUACCACUGGCAAGCCAAGCCUGACAAUGAGGCUGCCUGCACAGCCAACGCCAUGUUUGAACAGGGCAGGGGGUUGCCACGUCAUGCUGAACACACACUUGCAGGAAGGCCUGCUUGA